UCCCAAACGAACGGCCAAACCAUUUCGUCUUCCUGCCUCCGACCGACCGAAAGGACGGGAACGUCUGCACAAGGCAGAAGCAGCCGCGGCGACAACAGGGGUGAGCCCUCGAAUCGGAAUCACCCUCAUCCUUUGCUCGAUUGCAUCCUUCUCCUUCGUGUCGGUCGCCGUGAUCGGAGCCCCGGUUUGGUUGGUUCCCGCAUCACCGUCUAGUGCCGUGUUCCCCCGUAGCCGGUUUCGCUGCCGCGUUUGCAUUCCACAGGGUAGGAUCGAGCCGGCAGCUGUGCGGUUGGCGAGGAGCAGUCCCCAUCCCAUCCCCCACCGCCCUCCGAUCCGAGCGCGUGGACAAGUUGCCGAGGCGGAGAGAGAAUGGAGGCACUAAAGCCGGAGCGGGUCGUCGACGACGCCGCGGCGGACUUCAUCUGCGACGCCCCCUCCAACGCCCUCGACGAGAUCCUCGUCCGCCUGUCGCCCAAGUGGACCCUCCGCAUGCGGUCGGUCUGCAGGGCGUGGCGCGACAAGCUGGACCACUGGGCCACCCGGUCCCGGCGCAAGAACCCGCCGCAGCCGCUGCUCUGCUUCGACCGCGUCGCCUGCCCCGACCGCUACGUCCGUCUCACGGACUACUGCGUCGAGUCUCUCGACCUCCGCUCCGGCAGGCCGCACCACGUCCUACGGUUCACCGCCAGCGACUACUACGAGGCCGCCGGGGCCCGUGACGACGACGACGACGACCCGCCCGGCGACACCGAGCCCGAGGUCUCCCGUGUCGUCGACUACGCGAAGAUGGAGAGGGAGAACUACGCGGACGGGUUCAAGCAGAUGGUCCUGCUCCACGCUUCCGUCGACGGCUACCUCCUCGUGUCCUUCUCCUUCGACUGGUACGUGAUCAACCCGGCGACGCGCCACUGGGCCUCCAUUCCGGACCUCACGCUCUGGAACGUGAUCGGCUUCUACGAGCACUUCUCUUCCGGCGAGUACCGCGUGCUGUGCAGCGGCGGACGCACGCGUACCAGUAGUACCGUAGACGAAGGCCCGGAACGGUGGUACCACAUCGUCACAGUGACCCGGCCCGUGCAGUGGCGGUCCAUCGGGCGGCCCAUCGCGCGGCACGUGCCCCGGGACCACGGGCUAGCGGCGGGGGUGCGGAUGGCCGGCGUCUCCCCGCCCGUCCAGCUGAGGCACCGCCACCUGCACUGGCCGCCGCAGAAGAGCCAGGGGUACCGCAUACUGGUGUUCGACAUAUGGGUCGAUGCGUUCAGCUGGAAGGAGCCUGCUCCCGUGACAGACAUGGACCAAAAGGACAUGGCGCUGCUCGAGUUCCCCAACGGCCGCCUCGGCAUGUCCGUCUCCGGGAAGAACUUGGCGACGGUAGAGCUCUGGCGUCUGGAGGACUAUCAUAACGAGCUCUGGGUCCUCGCGUACCGGAUCCAGCUGCCACUCCCGUGGAUGCGGCUUAUGCAGGACGACGACUGCUGGAUCCCCCCGUCCGUUGUCUCGGCCGAUGGGGAUGUGCUGAUCCUGUCCGGGCGCUGGCUCUUGCACUGUGACAGGAACGGGAAUCUGCUGCGCGAGUUUGGGCUUCCUCAUGUUCGGAGGAUGCUGCCUAUUAGGCACGUGCUGAGGGAGAGCCUCGUCCAGCACCGGACGUUCCUGAAUCCCAAGCCUGCUCGUGAACCGCCGUUCUUCCGUUGGCUGUGUGGUGAUCCCAGCUGGUGAAGCACCGGACUUUCAGCAUCUAUUGCUUUACAUCAUGCCGCGCUUCAUACCAAUGAAGCCUGACUGUCUCUGAAACUAUAGCUUCUUCUUCUUGACUUUGGUUGUAAGAAAUACUAAGUUUCGAUAGCAUGCGUGGUGGGUGUUUGGGACUGUGAUUGAACGCGAGAGGUUCAGGUGCUGCUAUAUUUGAGUAUUUUGGCUGGAU